CAAAAGCUCUACUAUGACCGUUUGGCAAGAACUACAGAUAUAAAUAACCUUGAUGAAGAAAUGCAGGCACUCAAUAUUAUGGAGUCCAUAAGUGAUGAAGACCGCGAAGCCCUUAUAGAUCAUAUACACGAAGCUGACGAUGAUAAGGAGAUCAUACGAAAGGUAAGCGCAUAUGGAAUGGAUAUAAAAAAAUUCACCGAAGCGCUCAAAACAGCAAUAAAGGAUGGAAAGAAAGCUUAA